AUGGAUCCGGAAACGCGUGCAGUUCUUGAGGCAGUGCAAUCGUUUAAGAAAAAAGCGCCAAAAUUGAAAACCGGUGACCGUACACUAUCGCUGGCUGUUGACAACUAUGCACCGGGCACAUUACAGCAACAGCAGUCAAGUCAAGUUGCGUCUGGUGUAACAAUCGAUCCGAAUUUGUUAAUUGAUAAUAAUCUAAUCAUACCACCGCCCUCGUUAUCGCACAUCGUACUAUCAUCACCCAUACAGGAAUUUAGAAAACCGAACAUAUUUUACAUGGAUGGUAGCAAUCAUUCGCUGAAUAACUAUUCCGAUUUUACGCAUCCACAUACAACGCAAAUGUCACGCAAACCAAAUAUUCGCCGGUCCGAUACGCUGGACGUGUAUGGUGCGUAUGAAAUGCGUAAGGCCAAUUCGUUUAAUUCAAAUGACAUGACCUCCGAUGAAAUUUUAAUGUCUAGGCGAACAAAUAGUAUGCGUCAUACACAAGCGGCCGCUGGUUAUCCAUACGAAAUGGAUGAUAUUGGUUCGCUGCCACCGCCGGCCCCACCAAUUGUUACGGAAACAGGGAAUAAUCGACGUAAUUGUCGUAUGCACAAAUCGUUUCAUGAUCGUAGCCGUCACCAUGAGAUAAAAAAGGAGAAAAUCGUGGACGCGGUCAAGUGCCAUUCGUUGGGCGACGAUGGAUCAGAUGAUAACGUGAUUACAGUCGCUGGAGGCAGUGGUGGUGGUGGUGGCAGUGGUAGUACCAAACGUAGACUCAGUCCAAAAUUUAAUUCGGCCGAGUCAUCGUUAGACAAUGAAGUGUUUCAUUCGCGAAGCGGCAGCCGAAAUAAAAUGGAAAGCACUUCCAUUGAAGCAAUGGAUGCCAUCGAAAGUGCCACAUCGCCAACAACAAUGUCGUCGGUGGCGAUGACGAAGAAAUUGAUUACAUCGGCAUCGCACAAGCAUAGCUCACAGAGCUUAGAUAAGCCACAUCAUAGUUUUCGACGAAUAGCACGGGCUACGCAAAGUUUUUAUUUGAAUCCAGUGCAAGCGGAAGAGCUUCGUUUGCAGCGGGCGAUGCACGGGUCGCAUGGGUCAGCAUCUGGUUGGGCGACAGCUAAACGAAUGCACAGCGCUAGUAUGAGAACGAAGUCGUUUCGUGAUGUUGUGAGCGAAGCGAAAAAAUCGAAAAGCUUCAUAUCGGAUCCGUAUGGUGGUGUUGCCGACUAUGAGCUAUCACCGCGUCGACGUGAAAGCAUUAGUGAGGUCAAAAAAAGCCCACGCCUAUCAUCUAGUACAUACGAUCAAAAGACAUCAAAUUAUGAUGGCAACGAUUUAGAUUACGACGUUGUUAUGCAUGCAUAUCGGCAAAAUCGUAGGAAAAGCUCCAUUUUGUCGGCGAGCGGCGGUGGUGGGGGCAGUAAGAAAAAAUCGUCAUCGAAAAAGAAAUCCAUGGACGGCAAUGAGGUCGAGAUUGACGAAGCGGACACGGAAGAUGGCGAAACUGAGUCGACGCGCAAGCGAAAGCGCAUUGUUUGCAUAUUUGUGUCUUUGUUCUUGAGCUUAGUGUUUGCGGGCGUUUUUGUUGUAGUAUUUACAUUAACUUAUUCAUCAAUGACUCAGGUACCAGAUAAACGAGUUUAUUUUGCACCAGGACCCGGAAACCGCGACAUGCCCAUACAUCACCAUGGUAAUGUGCGACAAGAGAACGAGCGCAUACAGGAAUCCAUAAAUCGUGGUAAAUAUGUGAGAAACAUCACGCACGCUGCAUUCAUCGGUGGACAACAAUACCAACAACAAUCACAGCAUCCAUAACAAUAUUUAUAUUUGACAUUUUUUACGGAAGUCUUAUUCAUUGUAGGCGAUCAAUUGUCUUAAUACAUUCAAACAGAAGAAGAAUUAGAAGCAAAACAAUAAAAUGGAUAUAAAACGCAUAUUUGUAAUCGAUGAAUAACAAUCUAAUGCAUUAAAGAGCACACAAACACACACAAAUUACACAGAAAUUCAAGCUCAACAAACUUGUUUCUAGAUGAAACCAGAAUAAAAUGUACGAAUAUAAUUUUAAUUUUAUCGAAUUUAUUCUAAGCCAAAGACCUCAAGCACACACAUACACAUUUUGAAACAGAUGAAUGCGAUGCGGAUCUAAACGCAACAAGUUCAAACAUUUAUUGUGACACAAACGUACGUAUUGAUGUCAUAAAUACAAAACCAAACCCAAAAAAAUUAUGUAUCCUUAAAUGUACUCUAAUGGUAGCGAGAAAAUAAUAAUUGUUGAAAUGCAAACAACUAGAAGAAACACAACAACCACCACACACAGAUUUACUACAAACUAUUGAAAGUGUUUGAAACCAGUGGCAUUCGUUAUAUUCAAUUGUCCGUACGUCCACAUGCAGGGCGAUCACAACCAUUUUCAAAAAUCGAUUUCGCGAAGCAAUUCCGCAAUUCGGUGCGAACACCAGCAGCAGUGAAGACAAUACACACACACACACACACACACACACAGUGUAUGUGAAGCCAUGCAAAAGGGGAUGUGAGUUUAUGAAAAUAGAAUAAAAGUUGCAUGAACAACUUCAGCUGCAGAACUUGGCAUCGCAUGUGCGCUCUCAUAAUCCUCACCGAAUGUUUAAGAGUGAAAAACUUCGAGUCCUGUAGAGAAAAUUGCGAAUAGGUUAUACGUUAUAAAGAGAAGAAAAAGAAAUGAUCGAAAGAAACCGCUUUCAAUUUAUUUUGCAGUUAUGUAGAUGACGAUAAAAAAAAACGUUCAAGGUGCUUUAUAGUCAUUGUUGCGGGUACACGUGCACAUGGUGUAUCAAUAUUUUUUUGUCUCGUUGAAAAUAAUGGAAUUCUAGCUGAGAAUGGUAGAGAGAUAGACAAGGAAAUAAAGAAGUAGGAAGAUGAGAGACAAAGCAAUGGAGUGAAGAGAAAAAGGGAGCGAGAAAAGUUAGAAGUGUGUGUGAAAAAUUAUUUGCUCACCAGACAUAAGGGCUUGUAAUUUCAAUGGUUUAUACAUUUACAAUGAUAUCUAGUCGUCAUCCGCUCAUUUUGCCGGUGCAAUUUUCCUUUUGUCACGUUCACAUUUUCCUCGUUCUCCCGCAUCUGAUGCGUAAGUGUGUGUGUGUGUGUGUGUGUGAGUGUGUGAAACCAAUGUGACGAUUGUUCCCCGCUUCUCUCUCGUUCCGAGUUUGAGUUUGAGUUGGGCAAAUGCGAAAGAUAGAGUUAUGCUUUUUCGUUAUAUGUGUUAUUGUGUCGCAAAAUUUCAAGUGGAAAGCACUCAAAUGUGAAAAUGAUCGUGUCAUAUUGUAUGCACCGUACACAUAUACACUUUCAAUCCAAUUUUCAGGUAAACUGUUUUCACCAAAUAUUGAAUUAGUUAUUGUCUGUUUGUUUGAAUGCAUCAAUUCUGUGGUGACGUAGAUUUUGGUAACGUUUUCUCAGAAACUAUUCCAUUUUAUACUUCUCUAUCUCUCUCUCUCUCUCUCUCUCUCUCUCUCUCAUCUCUCAUUCUAUCGCUGUCGCUCUCUAUCUGCGUUUGUCCUAUUCCUUCCCUCCGUCUAACUCAGUCUCUCCGUCUCACGCUUGCUCGCUCGCUCGCUCACUCUGUCUCUUCUUUUCUAUCAUCUCAUUCCCGAUUUUGAAAUUGAGCAAAAUGUUCAUGCCUUUUGGAAAACAAUAUUUGCAUAACAGAUUCCCACAUGAUAUAAAUGGUAUACACAACACAUCAACAAAUAUCUCAAGCCAAAAUUGUGUGAAACUACUCUUUCGAUCAUUAGUUAAUUAUACAGUGUUGAUGGCACUAAGUUUUGCAUAUUUGCAAGUAAGGUGUUUAUGUGUGCGUGGUGCCUGUGCCUGUGAAUGUCUGUUUCUGUUUCUGUGUGUGUGUAUAUAGAGAUGAUGACGGUUUUGUUGGCGGUGGUGGUGGUUGUGUGUGUGCAAAUGCACAAGGCACAUUCACCCAUGUUUUCUGGAAAAUGAAAAUGAAUGGUUUCUUGUUUGUAUAGUUAGAAAUAUGUUCGAGUUUAUGUUGUUAAUUAUGAGCAAACUGUUGUUCAAUUGGGGAUUGAGACGGGAAGGGGCGGUGGUAAACAGAUAAUUAUGAUACAAUUAUAUAAUAAGAAAAUUCUAAUCAGAUUAGAAUAUUUGUAUUGUCCGUAAUGGAGUCAAGAGAAUCAAAACUAAAACGAUGUGGUUGUGUGUGUGCGCGUCACUUUGUGAAUAAAUCUGCAGGACGUGCAAUUUAUAAACAAACAGCAGAAACAAAAGAAAAAAACACUACACGAGCAUAAGCCCGUAAUUUCAAUGCAGAAGAGAAGAGGAAAAAAAUACCAGAUGAACAUUGUUGAUAAAUGUGAUUUCUUGUAUGUUUUUAUUAUUGUUGUUAAUAUUUAGUGAACGAAGUUCAACAUGUAUAUGCACACACGAAUAUAUCGAAUAAUAACAGAAGAAGAGAAUGAAGAAAAAUCCUUAAGCAUUUAGGUUAAGUGGUGUUGUACAGUUUCCAACUGACUCUCGAACGAGGGGAUAUUUUCCAGUUUUGAAUAAACUGCGAAUGCAAAAUGCAUGCGAUGAGUACGCGGUGCAAGUAUGUUUGUGUGCAGCAUAAGCCGUGGCAAAUGUUACAUUUUCAAAGCAACGCUGUACACACACAUACAUACGCGCGCGCGAGCGAUGGGGGAGUUGGAAGGUUAUAAUUUUCGGCUAAACUUGCCAACAACACAAAAUUCAAUGGGUAUUUCAACUAGCAUUUUGCCCAUAGUUUAUCCGAUCUGCAAAUAUUCCCGAGCAAAAAUACUACUUUGCACAAAUUUGUUUGUUGGCGAACGGUGUGUGAGCUUUUUUUUUUAUGUUGUUGUCUGUUCUUUGUUUGUUCGCUCUUCGAUCAAUUGAAUCGAACGUGAAUUUUUGUGCCCGCGCAAAUUGAACGAAUAAAAGACACACUUAAACAAACAAAACAAUAAAACUAUAUAUAGAUACAGAAAAAAAUAUACGUACAUAAACUUCAAACCAAGCACAUGGUUAGAGCAAAAAAAAUUAACACAAAAAAAUCAUAUACAAGCGAAACAUAGUAACAAUUGGAAUAACAAAAAACACGCGCAAUUAUUGAUGUUGUUGAUUGUAGAGAAAAACAAAAUACAAAUAAAAAAUUAACAGAAUUGUCAGAGGAAAAGAGAGAUUGUUAAUGUUACAAGUAAAAUGAUGUUUCGAUAUAAUUGUAUGGCUGUGUUUGGAAAGAUUGGGUACGGAUUGCGAGCCAAAUAAUCGUAACAGCACAUGCCUUUGCCUUUUUCCACUUUUACUCGUGUAAGCAUUGCAUCAAUUUCCAUUCAAAUUACAUGAAUAAUGAACUAAAGAAAGUGAAAGAUAGAGGAAAUAAAGUGAACAAAAUAUGUCUCAAUGAAGAGAAAAAAAAUGGAAUCGACAUCCGCCGGUGAAGUCAAAAGGAAAGCAGAAAGAAGUGCAACGAAGUGCAGGUAUUUUAUGUAAAGUAGUUGUGUUUUUAUUGGUUCUGAUGUGUGUAUAUUUGUGCUGAAGUUCAAGAUUCUUCUUUUUUUUUCUCUCAGUCGUGCACAUAAGUAUGUCGAGAUACACAAUUUUAUAUUGCUGAGUGGAAUGGGGAUGAUUUUUGCGUAGAAAAAACGUAUGCGUUGGCAAUCGUUUGCUAUGCUAUUCUACUUUUGCCGUGACUAAGACACAAGUUACAUACGACUGAAGAAGACAAAAAAUUGCUAACGAAAACCUAGACGAAAAUUAAAUGAAAUGAAAAAAGUAUAUAUGUACACUACCGUGCAAAAGUUUGGAACCACUAGGUAUUUUUCAUACAAAUUGACCAUUUUUCGUGGACUCAUUAACAUAUUUCGGAAACAUCUGCACUCUUGAUAUUUUGUGCAUAGUUUCUACAACGUUUCAAUAGUAAAUCACAGAGGUUUCAUCAAAAAAUAUUCUUGAAUUUCAU